AUGGGGAAGGCAUUAGAAAUGAAGGGCAAGAUCUUGAAGUUCCUAACGCAAGCUGCCUCUAAAAUUACCUUCACAAAUACGCUUACUAGUCCUCGUGUAAGCACUUCAUCAGGCAAAGGAUUAACCAGUCCAAGGCCAAUCAUAUCUAUUAUUCCUGCUGAAGCUAGAACAAAACCAAAGAAUGGAAGUUUUGAAGCAAAAGAACCAACUUCACCCGAAGUCUCUUGCUUUGGCCAAGUCAACAAGAAGAAGAAGAAAAGCAAGUUAUCUAAUAAGCGGGUUUGCCCCCCACCACAAAGAGAAACCUUGCAAAUUUCGUGUCCUAAAGAGGUGAAGAAGCAGAAGCCGAAGCCCAAGUCACCGAGCAUGUUCAAGUUCCUUAAAGGACAUAAAAAAAGUGGUAAAUAUGAUGGUCUUGUAGAUGAGCCAGUGGCUGCUGAAAGAGUUCCUUCACUGGGUCAGAUGAAUCAGUUUUCUAGCGCUCGGGGUGUGUUAACAAAUUUUGAGUGGACGGCUCAGUGUGGUUUUGAUGAAGAAGGGAAAGAAGGAAUUGAUGGAGAUGAGAAAGUGAUUGUCCCAUUUUCGGCCCCCAUUGAGGUGAGGGAAAGAGUAGCCGUUCAGCCUAAGAGAGAAAUAAAUUUGUGGAGAAGAAGGGCUAUAGCUCCUCCUGUUCCCCUUCAAUUGUAA